ACUGUGUGGGCCGCUCCAUAGUCAGAGCAGAUCCUUCGCGAAGUCAACAGGUCUCCAGUGUGCUUGACGUAGCGUCUGCAACAGUGUACGUCCGUUUAACUCGUGGGUUUAGCAACGUUGCUGCUAACACAACCAUCCCCAGAGUAGAAUGCCCCCCAAGAGAGGCCCCGAGCCCUGCCGGAGACGCCAGCAAGAGGUCUAAGCAGGGAAGCAGUCCGUCUCAGCGGCAAGAAGAAUCCUCAUUGGACAGCCUGUCGAUGGAGUCUGAAGUGGUGACGGUCAAGGAGGAGCUCUCGGGUCCCGAAACCAACAACCUGAGUAGCAGCACUUCAAAUCCCAAGUUCUGGUGUCGAGACUGCAGCGAGGAUGCUGCGGAGGACUGCGUGGACUCGGGCCACUCCGUGUGCUCCCUCCGCCAACUGCGUUUGGGCCAAGCGGCCCCGAAGGUGCAGCGGCUGCAGAAAGCAGCGAAGUCGGCGCGCGAGGUGGUGAAGGCCCUGCUGGACGCCAAGGGCGUGCUGGAGGCCCAGCUGGAGCAGUGGCGCGGCAGGCUGCGGCUUUUCGAGGAGGCCGAGAGGGAGCUGUGUGACGCAGCCGUGGCGGGUCGGGACCUGGAGGAGCCUACACUGGAGGAGGGCCUGGAACAGCUGCUGCAAGACGCCACCACUCUCCUCCAGGCCAAGUGUCAGCUGCAGCUGCGGGUGGACUCGCCCUGCUCCACCUGGAAGGGCCAACUGCAGGUGGCGGCUCCAGGCUCCAGACGCAGUUUGCUUUGCCCACUGAUGCUGCAGAUGCACCAGGACUGGAACCUCACCAAGGUCUACCGUCUCGACGAGUGUUUGGAUGUAGAGAAACUCAGCAAGCAAGAGGAGCACACCCAAAAGCUGGACGAAGCCCUGCAGAACUCAGGUCUGCACAAGGUGAGGAAGCUGAGAGGACUGGACUGCAGGAAGCGGCCGAACUGGAGUACAGUGCUGCUCAAGCGCGUUGCCCCGAAUCUCGAGUGGCUGUCGAUUAUGUGGGCCGUCCGGGAACACCUAGAUAUGAUCAGGGACAUGCCAGCGCUGCGCUGCUUACUCGUCCACCUGGAGACGAGUGUCGAGAACGCCCCAGCCCUGCCGCUUCAACUACAGGAACUGCAUCUGCUGAACGUCUCAGUGCAACAUCUCCAGUCGGUGCAGCGGAUGCCCAGGCUGCGGAAACUCGUCUUGUUGUGGCACGAGCAUGCGCUCGACGUGGCCUUCCCCCCUCUGCCCGCGGGUCACUGCGGCCUGCAGUGGCUCAGUGUGUACCUCCAGCCGGCCUCCACCGUCCUGUCCCUGGCCAAGACCCACGCCGCCACACUGCAGGAGCUGCGGAUCACGUGCGCCUCGGAGGGAAAAGACCUGUGGCACUUCAAGGACCUGGCCGAGGGGCUGCGUCAGUGCGGGCUGGUGGCGCUGCGGCGCGUUGUGUUGUUGCGUGGACCCGCUCCAGGCUACCCUGGCCAGAAGCUCCCCCACGCGGCAAAGUCGUGCCAACAGCAGAAGCAGUCCGUCUGGGACAAGCUGUUGGCGACGGAAUCAGGGGAGCCAGUCAGGGUAGUAAAGGUCAUGUGUGAGGAGUGUGACGAGUGCCCCGAAUUUCCGCGUCUGGGAGACUUUACCUGGAAAGACGAUUAAUACAGUGCUUCGUCUCUAUUGAGAGUCUUUCUGUUCUGUAUUUUACUUUGGAUUCUGGCAUUUCGAUCCCUUUAUUAAACCCCAGAGCUAAUUGUUUCGUGUUUGA